UUAUUAUAUUAUAUUAUAUAUUAUAUAUUAUAUAUAAAUAAAUAGAAUUUGGCAAUGAAUCGAUAUUGUAUGGUUUCUUCAAUCAUAGAGCUACGCAAAGGAUAUGGGUAAUGCCAGCCGCAACUGGCAGAUUUAAUUUUAGAGUGUUAUCAUAUUCCCUUAGAUUCAUUUUAUUUUGUUACCGGGAAGAAGAAUGAGCCUGCUGAAUAGAAGCCCCUCCGCCAUUGACAAAACAUUUAGUGCAACAGGAAAGGCAAAAAGUUUAAAUCCAGAUGCUGCAGAAUUUGUUCCAUUUGCUCUGAGAUCACCAUCUGGAAACACUAGUGCUGCAGACACAUCUUCAAGUUUUAGCAAUUUUGGUACUGCAACAACAGGGAAAUCAAUACUUGAUAGAUCAGAGUCAUCUGUGUCAAAUAAUUCAGAAGACGAGGCCCACCAGUUCUGGCGUCACCAACUACCUGAUGACAUCAUUCCCGACUUUAAUGCUGUUGGAGAAGAAGAAUCUCAAGGAAUCAAUAGCAUUUCAUUUUCAAAGUUGUCCAUAGCUGAUGUCAAUGGAACCUCAAGGUUUCUCCCAUCAAAUCAACGUGAGUUAUCACCUCGUCAAAUCAAUGGUCGCAGCCUUGCCGAGAACAUGAGAUAUUCACUUCCAGCGUAUGGCGGAAGUCCAUCUGCAGCUAAUGUUCAACAAAUGCGUGCUAAGCCAUGGGAUAUUCACGGUGAUCAGAUGCUUGCUGGUAUCAUAGAUGGGCCUCCCUACAGUGGUGAUUCCGCGCAAGGAAACCUCAAUGGCAUGCUUAAUGAACAGCAAAUGGAGGCCACAGAAAUAAAUUCCCUUGAGUUUUUGGCUUCCCAAUUUCCAGGUUUUGAAUUCGAAAGUCUGGCAGAGGUUUAUUAUGCUAACGGAUGUGACUUAAGUAUGACAAUUGAGAUGCUUACACAACUUGAGCUUCAGGUAGAUAAUGGGCUGAAUCAGAAUCUAAAGUCCAAGGCAUUGUCUGCUCCAAAUAUCAGUGCUCUGGAUUUUCCUGCACUCUCUCCUACAGAUAAUAAGAAUAAUGUGCCAACAUUCUCUCCACGUGAUCAGCAGCAGAGUCUUAAUUCUUAUCGUUCUUUGGAGAAGGAGUUACUCAUGUUCAAAUCAUCCUCUACUUCUCCAUCUUUAGGAGCUACAGAUUUUGCUUCUGCUGUUAGAAAACUGGCAUCACAAGAUUCGGGCAUAUGGAAGUAUGAUAAAAGCCCUUCCCCAAAUUCCACCAUUGGAUCAAGCAGAAGUUCCCAUGCCAGUGGUUAUGGUGGAGGUGGGAAUGGAAGGGCCAGUUAUGGGGAUAGGUUGGCCAACCGAAGUUCAAGCCGCUCUGCUCCUGUCUGGCUUGAAACUGGUGAUGCAGUCGCAAAUAUGUACUCGGAAAUGCGGGGUGAAGCUCGAGAUCAUGCACGCCUACGGAACACGUACUUUGAACAGGCACGGCAGGCUUACCUUGUUGGCCACAAGGCUUUAGCUAAGGAACUGAGUGUUAAGGGGCAAUUCCACAACAUGCAAAUGAAGGCUGCUCAUGAGAAGGCUCAAGAAUCAAUUUACUAUCAGAGGAAUACUGUUGGUCUAGAUAUGCAGGGCAACGGAAGAGGACAAGAAAGGAUAAUCGAUCUCCACGGCCUACAUGUUACUGAAGCCAUCCAUGUCUUAAAAAGAGAUCUCAUGACACUAAGGAACAUUGCUAGGUCAGCAAAUCAGCGGCUACAGGUGUACAUAUGUGUUGGAACGGGUCACCACACAAAAGGGACCCGCACUCCUGCAAGACUUCCUGUCGCAGUCCAAAGAUACCUCCUGGAGGAAGAAGGCCUUGACUACUCUGAACCCCAGCCGGGACUUCUCCGAGUUGUGCUAUAUUGAUCAAGGAGAUGAAGAAGUUUUUUUUGACACCAUAUAAACCAUAACCUCGUUAGCUGAAAUUUCAAGAAAAAAGAGCGACAAAAAAAAAAAAAAAAUGAAAUUCUUGUUUGUGUACAUGGAAGUAAGGGCAGAGAGAUUAGUGGGUAGUCUGAAAAACGGAAUUAAAUAGAAAUGUUAAUGAAAAGGGAAAGCAAUACUGUAUGUGUAUUAUAAAGGUGUAAUCAUCCAACAACAGAACCUUUUGUUAGGGAGAAUCUUGAUCAGUCACAAACAUCAGUGGCUGUUGUAUUUUUUUUAAUUUGAAGGUGUAGUGUAAGAUUCUUUGAUGUGA